CCAAACAGAUUCGCCGUAAAAUUUUGAGAGAAGUCGUCUCGUUCAUCUUUAGUAUUUGCAUUUUUCUCGAUUAGUUUCUGAUCAUGGCGUUGAGCACCAGCAUCAGAUCUGUCUCUAAGAUCAUCGCUUCUUCCGAAGCAUCAGUCUCCAGAUCUGUAAGCAGAAGCUUCCACUCGACUGGAGUUAAGAAGAUGAGCGGAGGACAUGGUCACGACGAGCCAUACUACCUCCACGCAAAACACAUGUACAAUUUGGACCGUAUGAAGUACCAAGGUCUCAAGAUGUCUCUUGGUGUCUUCACUGCUUUCAGCAUCGGUGUUGGAGUUCCUAUCUUUGCAGUCGUUUUCCAGCAGAGGAAGACCGCCUCUGGUUGAGUCACUCAGGAAACUUGUGUGUUCCCAGCUUGAAUAAUUUGUAUGAAUUCUUAAACUCUGCUUUUGCAAGAGAGUUUCUUUUCUCCCUUUGGACCUUAGCUACAAGUCUUAUUGUUAUGGUAAAGUGUUUGUUUUUUUCCUAAUUCUUCCUCCUUUUUCUGGCAGUUUAAUACUGCAAUAAUGAUAAUCCGAUAUGGAUAUAUUUUUUUUUA